UGAAAUAGACUAACCAGAGCUGAGUGGUUCCUCUCGGACUGUGUGGGUAUCUCGGUGGAUGGACUAUGGUCUGGUCAGGCCCCAACCCGCUCUCUAUGUUGGAGUGCAUGUUGCGCAGAUUGACUACUUUAUGGCGCUUAGUCACUAUGAUAUUCUUCCCUUUGCUUCGACUUUUCGCCUUACCCUGGAGAAAGAAUGAAAGACCUGAAGUAAACGAAGAAAAGGAAGCCCCGACUUUUCCCGAAUCGGUGGUGGAGUUCGAGUGUGAGGGUCAACAUGAGGCUGCUUCAGGAAAAAGGGCCGCAAGCUUCGACUCGGAGCCUUUUCGCUACAAGCGGCUGAAGUAUGAGGAGGAAGACGAGGAGGAAGAGUUUGACAGCAAAGAGUACCGAGUUGAGCCCACGGAUGAGUUGUACUGUGGAUAUGAUUCAACCUGGGAGACCGAGCAGGACCAGGAAAGCUCAUUCAGGAACAGCAGGCGUCCAGCAGCCUCCAGAUAUUACAAGUUCAGCAGAUUUGAAAAUGCAGCAAGAGACAUGCAGAACUACAGACACAACUACCCUAACCAAACCAAGAUCCAACACUGGAAACAGCAAGCAUCUGACGACAAGCCUAAUCUGAACUUCUACAUUGGACAGACACGCACUUUACCGGACGGUGUGCACAUAAAGGAUUUCCACAAUGAGUGGCAUGGAGAAUAUGACACACUGGAGUAUGUGCACACCUACAUUCAAUGGUUGUUCCCGCUGCAAGAACCAGGGAUGAACUUUGAGGCCACUCCACUGACGAAGGAAGAAAUUAAUGAAUUUCUCAAAAGCAGCACGGCAAAGGAAAACCUGCUGAAGUCAUACAAGCUCAUGUUGGACUUCUAUGGCAUUGAGUUGUGUGAUGCGAAAACAGGAGAAGUCAAACGAGCCUGGAACUGGAGUGACAGAUUCCACAACCUGGACAGUCACACACACAACAACCUGCGCAUCACCCGCAUCCUCAAGUGCCUGGGAACUCUGGGAUACCGUCACUACCAGGCCCCUCUGGUUCGCUUCUUCCUGGAGGAGACUCUGGUCAAUGGAGAACUUCCACAUGUUAAAGACAGCGUCCUCAACUACUUCCUGUUUGCCGUCCUUGAUAAGAGGCAGCGCAGGAACCUCAUCAAGUUCGCCUUUUUGAACUAUGACUGUAAAGACGAGUUCGUGUGGUGCCCAAAGAAAAUUCAGAAGCUUUGGUCCAAGUCACCAAGGCAAAUGAGUGAUAAAAAAGAUGCUCCAUCUGUGGAGUUUCUGAGUGUCCGCAGUGAAGCCCAACAUGUGUAACGCCUGAUCAAAUGCUAAUGCAAGCCUGCCAAAUUAACACUGAUAUAAUUUAUCAGUGCAUGACAUUUGGUAUGGUUAUUUCUACACUAGUGUCUACUUUUCUCACAUAAGCACAAUUCCUUACACACCUUUGUUUACUGUCAUAUUCAGUGUCCUGCCUUUAAUUUUUGUUUCAUCCUUACUGUGUACAAAGAAAAAUGCAGAUGUACAGUGUUCUGAACUCAAUCGGUUUCACUUAAAGGGCUAAUUUUUGGUGUGGAUAUGUAUGACAUGAAGAACUGUAAGAACUGCUCAUCAACAACUUAUUAAACUUGAAAAUCUUUCCUGUUUUA